AGCUGCUGGCAUUCCCAUGAAAGAAAGGGUGAAGGUAUCACAGAACUGGAAGCACGGACGCUGCCGGAGGGAGACAGUCCUGAAAUGGAAAUGCAAUUUGAUGCCCUGGAUGGAGCUGGAUGGCGAAUAUCUCUACCUGUCUCAAGCAGAGGACAUCCAUGCCUACCACCUCUGUCCAGAGGGUGCAGGUUUGCAGCGUCACCCUCAAGCCAUCUUCUCUGGCCACCAGGAGGAUGUAUGUCGCUUUGUUCUUGUUAACUCCCACAUCGUCAGUGGAGGAGGAGACGGAAAUAUUGUCCUUCACAAGAUCCAUGGCUCCUACAGUGUCAAGUUCUCUGCACAUGAACAGGAGGUGAACUGUGUGGAUUUCCAAGGUGGCCUCAUUGUCAGUGGCUCCCGGGACCGAACAGCUAAGGUUUGGUCCCUGUCCGCGGGCAGAGUUGGUCAAUGUCUACAUACAGUGCAGACAGAGGAUCGAGUGUGGUCCAUUGCUAUCAGCCCAUUAUUAAGCUCAUUUGUGACUGGGACAGCCUGCUGUGGACACAACUCACCUCUGAGAAUCUGGGACCUUGAGAGUGGUCAGCUGUUGACCUGUUUAGGGACCGACUUCCACCGCGGAGCUGGAGUCCUUGAUGUUUUCUACGAAACACCUUCACUCCUCCUUUCUUGUGGGUAUGACACCUACAUCCGCUACUGGGACAUACGGACCAGCACCAGGAAGUGUGUCCAGGAGUGGGAAGAACCCCAUGACAGUGCCCUGUACUGCAUAAGGAGCGAUAAGAACCAUAUGAUUGCCAGUGGCUCUUCGUACUAUGGUGUGGUGCGUCUCUGGGAUAAGCGGCAGACACGGUGCCUCCAGAGCUUUCACCUGUCUUCACCCACCAGCAGCCCAGUUUACUGCCUCCGUUUCAGUACCACCCACCUGUACGCUGCCGUGGCAUCAGCCCUGCACGUCCUGGACUUCACGGCCCCGUAAAGGGCACCACAGCUACUUCUGAUCACCCCAACUCAGCAGAGCUGACACUUGGCUCAGGGAAUCACAGGGCAGGAGGUGAGAAUGGCCACAAGGCUUCUGAAGGGACUUUUUUUGCCUGUCAGAAAGCUACAAUGAAGAGUGCACAAAGGGCCAAACUUUCUCAACCUCACCUGCCAUUUAGUGGAAAUAAAAGGCCAAUUGUCCUUUAUCCUUUUUAUUUUGUGGAAGUCAGGGUUUGUUUUAUU